GACAGCAACAGCAGCAACAGCGGCAACAGCAACAGUAACAAUAGCAGCAGCAACAACAAAGCCAGUGAAAAGGCUAUAAACGAAUAUAACCAACUGCAGUGCACGCGGCAACAUCUGCAGCAGCAACAGCGAUAACAACAAUGAACACACGACGCAGCACGGGCAGCAUAAAGACAAGCAAGAGGAGCAUCAGUCGCUUGUAUGUGGCGACGCUCACCACAAAGACAAUCACACCAGAGCUGCAUGCAGUCAACGCCAAGAUCUGCCGCCUUGUGGAACAGCAUCCCUGCAUGUACGAUCGCUCGCAUGCGGCGUACAUGCGCAAAUCUCAUGUGGAACAGGCCUGGGUGGAGAUUUCCAAGCAGAUGAACGAUACAGUUGACAAUUGCAAAGAACGCUUUAGGAAUAUACGCACCAGCUUUGCGCGAUCCAUCAACGUGCAGAGGGGCUCGAAUCGCGUCAAACCUUACUAUCUCAGCGAGGAGCUCGAGUUUCUCAAGAAGCACAUUACGCCCGGCGUGCCUGUGCCCGUGAAGGGCAGACGUUCGCGGGACAGCAGCAAUCGCAGAGGCGAUGAGAAUGACGAGUAUGAUGACAACGACGAUGAGGACCAUGUGCGUGCUUUGGUUCACAUCAAGCAUUCGCUUAGCAGCGACGAGCACGAGCACGAGAAUAGUACGGAUAGCUCGGAGUGGGUGGCUGAUGAGCAUGCGCAGGAGCUUCUCGCCAGCCAGUUGCAGAAUAAACCAGAGGCUGAGUUCUACUCACAGAGCGACGAAAACGAACAGAAGCCGAAAAAUCUAUUGCAGCCGAACGCAGUGCCUCAAACUUGCCCCUGUCCGCCUAAGAAGCGACGACGCAUCGUCGCCGAGCUGGCCAAGCCAAACGAUCUGCCAGCUGCCAUUGACGCAGACACAGAUGAGCUCAGUGCGGAUAACAAGCCCUCAAUUGCGGACUUCGAUGAUGCCUUUCUGCAGGGCCUGCGUCCCGAAAUGAAUCACAUGAACUUUCAUCAGAAGCUUUACUUCAAGCGACGCGUUUACGAGCUGCUCAGCGAAAUAUUUGAGGGCGAUGAGAAGGCGGACAGUCAACGACGUACCAAUGGCCUGGCCGAGCCCAACAACUCCACCAUUCCUGUGCAGCAUCUGGGCCUGGUGGGCCGCUCGGGCACACUACAACUGCCCAAGCUGGCACCCAAACCCUCCAAAGAUCUCUAAUUAGAAAUAAAGCUGAAUCGCCUAGAAAUAUGCCCAAAGACGGCCGCAGCUGCAGACGGCGCUGUGUUAUCCAUUUCGAAUUUACGCUGUACAGUAAUUUCCACAUACCCAUUACCACUUGGGUAUGGUUGUAGUUGUAAGACGUUACGAUUUUUAAAAUGUAAUAUUUACAUUAAA